AAGGAGAGGAGGAGGAGGGCGCGCAUUGCCUCACAUUGCCUCACACAGUCUCAGGCUGCAGAUCUGUUUGUGUUACUUGGUACCUUCAGUGAAUAACUGUGUGCUGCUGUGACUGGGCUGUGGGUGUCAGUAACACCUUAUGAAUACUAAAUGUGAUUGCCUCUGUGAUUAUUAGGACAUUUUAUCCGUCUACUGCCAAUUCCAGAACAAAGUGUUCUCCAUUGUCCAUUGUAAGCCUAUAGGUCAGCUAUUCACCAAAAGAUAUGGAUGCCAAGCAAUGCAGCCUGUGGAUGUUUCUACCUCUGGUUAUGUCUCUUUUCACUACCGUUGGUUUAUGGAUAGUGUACUUCAUUGCUAUAGAAGAUAAUAAGAUUUUUCCUUUGACCCUAGACAGACUAGAUCUACCAAGAAGGCCUCCUUAUAUAAGUGUUGCAGGUGAUGUGCCCCCUGCAAGCUGUGUGUUUAGUCAAGUCAUGAAUAUGGCAGCUUUUCUAGCCUUAAUUAUUGCUGUCCUGCGUUUCAUACAACUGAAGCCAAAGACAAUCAGCCCUUGGCUAAGCAUCAGCGGACUUAUUGCCUUAUGCCUGACGUCGUUUGGAAUGACUUUGCUGGGCAACUUUCAGUUAAAGAGCAAUGAACUUAUCCAUAAUGUUGGCACCUCGAUGACCUUUGGAUUUGGCACAAUAGCCUGCUGGAUUCAGUCCAUCCUGACCUUCAAAAUAAACAUAAAGAAUGAAGGGAAAAAAACUGGAAUCCCCAGAGUUAUAUUAUCUGCCACAAUAACACUCUGCGUUAUCAUCUAUUUUAUCUUCGAGUGGAAGAAACUUAACAUCUACGCACCAAGAGUUCAGUGGGUCCUUGUCAUGUGUUUUAUAACCUUUUUUGGCACUUUGGCUGUAGAGUUUAGACACUGCAGGUUUGAAAUUAUUUGUGUUGAGAACCAGCAGCACCAAGAGAUCUUAAACAGCUUGUCUGAAAACAUGUCUGAUGUCUCUGAGUAUCAAACUGACCAGUUGUAAUACGAACCCACCCAAGACUCACAAAAGAAUAUGGACAAUAUGAAGUCUUGUUUCUACAACUAAUAUGAAAUGUGAAAUAACUAAAGACUAUAAAAGACAAUUAACUUGGUUCUAAUGCAUCAGUGUUACCCAAAUGAUUUUUUGAGAGAAUUCUAUUUUGGUCUUGGAAAAUCAAGUUGCUUCAAUUAUUGUUUGAAACAGUAAAGAGAACCCAAUAGCAAGAUUCGAACAAUAAUUCUUAAAUGGCAUACCUACCAAAAAGGCUUGGUACACCACUGUUAUGGAACUUGUAAAGGGUCGAGGCCUGCUGCCAUACUUAUCCUUUCCCUCCCCAUCCUCCUUAGUCUAGAGUCUCUUAUCUCAAUAACUGGGGCCAGAAAGUCACCUUGUGCUUGGUUCACACCUCCAUAUUUCAUUACAAUGUCAAUCUUGCGUUGCUCUAAAGACACCUUUUGCUGUUAGUGCACAUAGUUUGACACCUGUAAGUAACAGUGGUGUUAGACUAAGUUCAUGUUUCCCUUGGAGACUUUUUUAGGAGCCUCCAUCAUAAAUUCCUUUAUUUAUUAGUCCUGUCGUAAUGAUGGACAACAUGACUGAAACUCUAUAGACCUAUUCAUCAUUAAGUCAAUGGGUUCAGUCACCUGCCAUUGGUGUCCAUCAAAGGACAGAUCCAGCACUACAUUACUUUUAUUUUUCUGCCCCUUUGAUGGAGCAGAAAAUAAACUUUUUAGCGGAAAUGUGAACAGAGCCUACCAGAGGAUUUCCAACUUUUUUUUGUUAACCAUAAAAUUUAUAACGGCAAUAAAGGCUACUUCACAUCCAUCACAUGCAAACUUACUCCCCAUGUAUAGGAUGCCAUCAAUCACAUGCCGUACAUUUCUAGCACCUAUAACUAAUUAUGGGGUGUUUAUUGGCUGUGGUUUAGCACAGAUACCAAGUUGAGAAUUUAAGUGUUCAUUUUGAACCUGCACUACAAUAUUAACAGCUUUGAACUGAAUUACUUGUUUUGAUUGUCCAGGAUUUUCAUAAAUUAAGACUAAUAUGUGCAAGUAGAUUAACAGUUUACCUGCUCACAGACUAUAAGCAAAAACAAUGUCAUUUAACAUAAUGUAUUAUAGGAAAUGCUUUCCUUGUUCUCUGGGAACGCCAUGUUCUAGAAUGUUAAUGGCAGUGUUAAACGCUGGUGGAAUUGACGAUAUUCUGCUAUUUCUAAAAUGGAAAUCAUGUUUUACUUUAUUAUAACAGGCACUCUUACAGGAAACAGUACAUAUAGUUACAGUCUAACAAAUUGCUAGAUGUGAAUGAGCUGUGCUUUCUUUUUAAGUUUUAGUCAUGAGGUUGCUGUUUUUGUCCUCUGUUUGUGGAGAUAAAUGUUAUUGUUAGACCUAAGCUGCAUAAUUAAUUUUAAGUCGUGAUUUGGAAAGUUUUGGAAAAAAUUCUUGAAAUAAUGUGCUGCCUUUUCCUAGAAAAUGACAAAAUUGUAUUAAAAUGGCAAUUAAUAUUUUUUUCUAAUGUUAUGACAAAGUCUAUAAGUCAGUGGAGUCCAUUGGGGCCCAGUGGUAUGUCAUGCUGUGAAUGAGGCAGUGCAUUGUGAGCAUACUUAGCUUGCUAGAAGUAGUCCUAUAAAAUACAUUCAAGCUCAGACAGGAGCCCACUGGGAGGUAAAUCACAGGCAUUUUACAUCAAAUAUGGCAUAGCACGUUAUACUGCUUUGAGCUAGUGAAUGUAGCGUAUUCUAGUUUACUUCCUUAGCAUUGGUAUACCCCAUUAAAGAGUAUGAUCACCGAAUUAUCCAUCUCCACCUGGCAGCACUAAUUUCCAAAGCAACCAAUUCAUUGUGUGGCACAACUGUGCUACUAAAAAUUACUCAUACAGCUUAGGUAUUAUGCUUUUUUUUACACUAACUUUAAAUAUCCAAAUGGCAGCUUUAACAUAGAAGAUAUUUUAUAUUAACAUAUUGUAUAUUUGCAUAAAAUAUAUAAGUGCUAAAGGCAUAUAUACUGUAUAGCCAUUAGAGUUCUACUGCACAUCCAGGCAGCUAACAUGUCCAUGCUAGUUUCAGUAUUCUGCAAGAUAAUUAUUUGUAUUGUAUACACGCUCAAAAAAUCUCACGUAAAAGUUAUCCAUAAAGUGUAGCAUUGUGUAGUCGGUAGUGAUUUUCUUAAUUUUUCAUUAUUUAGUGACUUAAGUAUUUUAGUUUCCUGCAGCAAAGUAAAAUCUACUGGUUUUAUCCCUUUAAAGGGAAUGUCCCUUUAAGAGAAUCAACCUAAAAGGGGUUGGCUCACCUGGAACAUUGGUGACAUAUUUCUAGGAUAUGCCACCAGUGUCAGUAUCCCACCUCUGAGACCAGCACCUAUCUCUGGAGCAAAGCUCCCAAAGAGAGAGAGCGCACUGUUAGCGAGUGCCUGUCCUCCAUUCAUUUCUAUUGGAGCACUGAAAAUUGGAGAGCAUUUUUGGAAGACCCUUAGAAAUUAACGGAGAGCGCACUGCUUAAAUACGGGCACCACUGCAUUCACUCCUAUGGAAUUGGCAGAAAUAGGCUAGCCAGUGCUCAGCCAUUUUCAGCACUCCGACAAAAAUGAAUGGAGGUCGGCCAUACAUACGCAGUGCUCUCUCGUUCUUUUUGGGAGCCCCUUUCUAGAGAUAAGUGCGGGUCCCACACCUAUCUGACAUUGGUGGCAUAUCCUUGCGAUUUGCCACCAAUGUUCUAGGUGAGACAACCCCUUUAACUCUCUCAUUCCAAUGAAUUAGAUUUAGGACUCAUGCACCUAGUCAUUAUUAUGGUUCUCUGGAUAGCUCUGAUAGUUUGCUAUGGGACCAUAGACAAUUAUGCUCAUUUGUACGAUUAUUAUUCGCAUUUUGUUUAGCUUAAUUUUCUCUAAAUGUCAAGCUGAUUCAUCCUGAAGAUGAAACUUGAAGGGAUUGUCUCGUAACCUCCUAAUAGGGCAUAUGGUUGUCAUAGAGGAGGGUUCCCUACUCAUGACUACUUUUCGGUCAGGUUCAUUCAUGUCUUAUAUGGACAGCCAUUCAUUUGGAAAUGUCUGACUAGAGGUGGCUUACUCUCACGGUAACAGGUGAUCACCAGUGGUUAGAAAAGUUGGACAUGCUCCCCUGGCUUCUAUUAAAAAUAUGAUUCUUAAUUCUAAAAAAACUGGGUUGCCUACUAAGACAGUCCCUUUGAAGAGGAUCUUACACCCCCCAAUAUAUCUGUUUUAGUAACUACUUGUAUUCCCCAUGAAAUAGUGAUUCAGGAGCAUCCUUCCUUUACCUAAUUUCUUCUGUUAUGCCUCUUGAAUAAUUAUGAAUACAUUAACAACUGGAUGUUAACAUUCUCCUUAUCAAAAGGGUGAGUCUGACAUUCUCAUUGAUUGCAGAGCGUCACAGUAUAGGAACAUACCCCCAACUGCACAACAACCAUUUGUCAAUUUAUUUAUAAACUUCUAGGAGGAAUAACAGAGGAAUAGCACAGUGCACAGCUAUGAGAAAAGAUGCUCCAAAUUAGCUUUUUAAUGAAGAACACAAGUAUUCACUAAGAUGGUUAUCUCAAUAGACAUCAAUCCAGGCUCAGGCAUAGUAAGGGUCACGCUCGUAUGUGGGAGGAAAACACUACACCAAGCAUAGGAGGGAAAGGGGAUACCGGAAUAAGGCCUGGAAACUAGGGAAGGAAGAUGGACACCUCCUAGAAAAAACCCUAAC